CGCCGCGCCUAAACCAGGAAGUCGCUGCCUAGGGCAGCUGUCGGAAACGGGCUCCUGAAGCGCCGGGAGCGUUUCUUCCCAAGGGGACUCGGCAGCCGGCGACCGCCGCCGACUCCUCACUUCGGAUAUCGAUGCAUCGUUUCGAUCACAUAUCCAAAGACGAAAUAAUGGCUCACCCUUAAAUAAUGUUUAUUGAGGCUGUGUUACUAUGUUUUGCUCUUGAUUGGUUGUAUGCUUUUCCGAGAUACAUUCAUAAAGUGACGGUUAUAAGUAUUGAGAUAGCCCCAAUCAACCCCAAAGCCUGUGCGACGUCGGUUCGCUUCCGUUUAACUGAAGGGGCUGAUUUUUCAAUUGUGCAGCAGUUUCUUAACUAGUUUUGUCAAUCAGAUAAAAGCUAAAUCCCACUAGAUGAUAAAUCUCAUCCAGUAAACCGAGAUUCUUGAAAGAACUUCAUUCUUAAUGAGUUUCCUUUCCAGAUGGAUGGCAUGGCAGUGCCAUGGUUGUUGUUUGGGGAAGAGAAAAAAUAGUGCUUAUUUUCUCAGGAUUUAAAAGUUUGGUUUUAUGGUUUUUACCUACUGGAUUUCAUCAUAGUUAUGGAUGACAGGUGCAAUCAUUACAAAUGGUUGAGCAAUAUCUUUCUGUUGCGGAUUUAAUAUAGAAGUCUGUAUAGAAAUCAAUUCUAGGUUGGGACAAACUAUUUCAUUACAACAGGCUGUCAAUUUCAGGUAAAAAUUGUGCAUGCAUGGAAGUUUAUCAUUUAGGUUGAAAUGUUCUCUAACAAUCCCAAAUACCUCAGAUAGAGCAGGUAAGCCAACUGAAAACAGCAAAAUUAUUAACAAGUUGCUUUUUAUUGGCACCCCUCCCCCCAAUUAAAAUCUGCAAUCUUCAAAUGUCUUCUAAAAGAAACUUUUUUACAUAGCCUAGAUCCAUGAUGGCGAGCCUAUAGCAUGCAUGCCAGAAGUGGCACACAGAGCCAUCUCUCCAGGCAUGCGAGCCGUCAUCCGUUGCUCUUCCUGGUUCCAGCGCACCAGCCAGCUGGUCUUCAUGUGUGUGGGAGCACCAAAAACUAGAAGAGCAGGCGCCCAGUGUGCAUGCUCAUGCAGGGAAGAUGAUCCUUUUGUUUUCGGCACGUGCAUGCGCACCGGUGACCUGGUCUUCUAGUUUCUGGCAUGUAUGUGCAUGCGAAGACUGGAAGAUCAUCUUCCCUGCUCACCCAUGUGCACCAGGGCGGCUGCUCUUCUGGUUUAGGGCACACACAGAGAGAGAGCACUCAGUGCCGAAAAGGUUUGCCAACACUGGCCUAGAUAGAUUCAUUCAACAGUAGCAUUUUUUCAUCCAGUCCACUAGCAUCAAGAAUAUUAACGUCUUUUACAAUUUCUGAUUUAAUCCCAAUUUUUAGCUAAUUUUAUCGUCAGGAAACUAUUUUUAAUCUUGAUGGCUCAAAAGCCAAGUUCUUGAGUACACCUUAUAAAUUGUGAUUAUAUAAAAAACCAGAAGCUUUCAGGUCACACAUGUCUUAUAGCCUACCAGCUCAUUGUCAACUGAAUAUAGAUUUCAAACUUGUAAUAUCUGUUUUAUUUUUACUAGAAUUCUAAGAUUUACAAAACAGAUUUAUAACAGAGGCUAGAAUAAAGGACAUUGUGGAACAGCUAGAGUUUGGCAGUCUUAAAGUUCAUUUGAAAAGUGACAGGUGAUGAAGCAAGCAGUGAAAAGAUGCAGCAUCCAUUCCUGACCUAACACCAUUGUGUGAUAACCGAUGCUGUUCACCCUAACCUUUUCCUUCUCCUCCUCCUUUUCUCUCACUCUUCAUUCUUUUCUUUUUCACCAUUAUUGUGGAUGGCAAAUAGUUAGCUGGUUCUGUUAUUUAAGUUUUAAAAUGUGAAGUUUUUUCUACAACAAAUCAUUGCUUAAUCUCAAUGGUGGUCCAAAGGAAGCCCAUCCAAAUAUUAUUCAUAUCAUUAGAAUCAAGAAUUUCUUAGGUCCGCCACUCUUGUUUUUAUUUUUGUAGUAUCACUUUGGAAAGAGAUGGGGCUGUUUUUGUUAUACAAUGAAUAGAAUAGAAUAGAAUAGAAUAGAAUAGAGUAGAGUAGAGUAGAGUAGAGUAGAGUAGAGUAGAGUAGAGUAGAGUAGAGUAGAGUAGAGUAGAGUAGAGUAGAGUAGAAUUUUUUAUUGGCCAAGUGUGAUUGGACACACAAGGAAUUUGUCUUGGUGCAUAUGCUCUCAGUGUACAUAAAAGAAAAGAUACCUUCAUCAAGGUACAACAUUUACAACACAAAUGAUGGUCAUAGGGUACAAUUUAACACUUAAUGAUACAACACUUAAUGAUAAUCAUAGGGUACAAAUAAGCAAUCAGGAACAAUCAAUAUCAAUAUAAAUCAUAAGGAUUACCAACAACAAAGUUACAGUCAUACAGUCAUAAGUGGAAGGAGAUGGGUGAUGGGAACAAUGAGAAGAUUAAUAGUAGUGCAGAUUUAGUAAAUAGUUUGAGGGAAUUAUUUGUUUAGCAGAGUGAUGGCCUUCGGGGAAAAACUGUUCUUGUGUCUAGUUAUUCUGGUGUGCAGAACACCAGAAUCAGUCUGGGGAAUCAGUCUUGUAAUUUAUAGAUAUCCAGAGCUGUGACAGAAAAGUUAUUGAGCCAAGCACUACAAUUAAGAAAGAACUGUUAUUUAAGUUUUGCUUUGACAUUUGCACUUCAUCCUCUUCCUAUUUCGUUUCCAAGACAACUAAAGACAGCACUAUAUGAUUGUUACAACCCAAUAAUACGCUGACUUCCUCUCUUGAAAAAUAUAAUAUAAGUACUCUCAUCUGCCCUCUUUUUAAAAACAUUUUUGUGUGCAUCUUUGGUUUUACAUGAUCUCUUAGCUGCUAGCAGAAACAAUAUUUUAUUUACAUGUACAUAGAAAAUCAAGCAUUAUGAAAAUAAAACAGAACUAUAAAAUUUGGUAACUUGUAGGUUUGUGAAUUUGACUAGAGAAUAGAUAAACCACUCAUGGAAGGAGAGCACCUACCCCCACCUCCAAUAUCCCUAAAGAACUGAUAAGUAUAUAUAUAUUUUUAGAAAAAGUUUCAUUUCAAAUACACGGAAUUAAAGGUAUAAUGUUUGAAAUUAUGCAUAUUUGUAGACUGUAGUUUGAAAACUGGCCUAAAAUAAAUAAACAGCACCAAAUGAUAAAAAGAUUUUCAGUAAAAUAUAUAUAUGGCCUUAAUACUACCUAUUUCUUUCACAGUUGCAAGGUAUGUGACUCAUGUUCACAUUUUUGGUUGAAUGGCAAAUUGGAGUACUCAAAUUCCAGAAAACAAAUCUGAAUAACUUGACAUCUAUAGAAUCAAAUAAUUUGGGACUACAGAAUUCCAUCUCUUCAUAAUUCGUUUUAAUAUGGUAUUUUGGUUAUGGCUUUUAAUUUGAAAAGAGAGCUAAUCCUGGGAUAACAUAUAACUUAAAUCUUUUCAAGAUUCUUUUUGUUCAAUACAUUUUUUUCCACAGAAUGAAAUACAAAGAUAAUGCAUUUGUUUGAAUUUAUAUUUAUCUUUAUAAUAAAGCUGAUAUCCUUAAUUUAAGAUUUUAACUGCAGUCCUAUGAACUCUUGCUUAAAAAUUGGUUCAAGAGAAUUCAAUGGGCUUAUAUUCAAAAAGGGAUGCAUAAACUGAUGGCAUGAAAAUAUUCUAUUUGUAUAAAGUUAGGUACAUGGGAAAAGAAUUAACCCCUCAGUGACUGGUAACCUCAAAGAACAAAUGUAGUCAGCAUUACAUUUUGGUUUGCUGCAAACUUGGAACAAAAAUCUAAAGCAUCUGAAUAACAAAAAGUUAAACUUGGUACUCAAGUAAAUGGCUGAACUUCCACCUGGGAUUCUUUUGAUCACUUCAUUUACAAAAGACCAAUGGUAUAGGGCUUUCAUAUUUGUCUUGACUUUCAUGCUAUAUGUUAGUUUUCAUUUAUCAAGGAAGCCAAUCAGUAUAGUUAAGGGAGAACUGCAUAAACACUGUACUACUCUUCAAAUUAUUGAGCGGGAUACCUAUGAAGAACAUGCCAUCCACAUUCCAUCUGUUAAAACAUUAUUAUAUAAUGAUUCUCGCUGUGGCUGGGAACCUUUUGAUAAAAGCAACUACAAGCAGUUAUUGGGAGCCCUGGAUUACUCAUUUCUCUGCGCUUAUGCUGUCGGAAUGUAUCUGAGUGGCAUAAUAGGAGAGCGUUUGCCUAUUCGAUACUAUCUCAGUGGUGGGAUGCUUGCCAGUGGAUUCUUCACUGCAUUAUUUGGAAUUGGCUAUUUCUUUAACAUACAUAAUUUGUGGUUCUACAUCAUUGCUCAGGUAGCUAAUGGAUUGGUACAAACUACUGGCUGGCCCAGUGUGGUCACCUGCAUUGGCAACUGGUUUGGAAAAGGAAGGAGAGGAUUGAUAAUGGGAUUAUGGAAUUCCCACACUUCAGUAGGAAAUAUUUUAGGAUCCUUAAUAGCUGGCUACUGGGUAUCUACCUGCUGGGGUUUGUCUUUUGUGGUACCUGGCAUUAUAAUAUCCUUAAUGGGGAUUAUAUGCUACCUGUUUCUUAUUGAACAUCCGAAGGAUGUAAACUGUACAGUCAAAUCAUCAACUAAACAUCACCUGAGUGGCCCAAGUAAAUUCAGCAUUUUGAAGCCAGCAUUGAGCAGUAAGAUAGCAGAUACAGCUCAGGAUCCAGAAAUGCAUUGUCUGCUAUGGAGCAAUGAGAAUUGCACAAAGCCACUGAAUCUUAAUGGAGGAUACGAACACUUUGAAAAUGGAAAUGCUGCUAUAAGUUUCACUGGUGCUUUGCAAAUACCUGGAGUGGUAGAAUUCUCUCUCUGCCUACUAUUUGCCAAAUUAGUCAGCUAUACUUUUCUUUUCUGGCUACCACUAUACAUCACUAAUGUAGAGCAUCUUGAUGCCAAAAGGGCAGGUGAUCUUUCUACCCUAUUUGAUGUUGGAGGAAUUUUUGGUGGAAUUUUAGCAGGUGUAGUAUCAGACCGGCUCAAAAAAAGGGCUACAACUUGUGGUAUGAUGCUGUUGAUAGCUGGACCCACUCUGUACAUAUUUUCUGCAAUUAGCAAAAUGGGUUUUGAGGCCACAAUAAUUAUGUUGCUCAUCUGUGGAGCUCUUGUAAAUGGUCCAUAUGCAUUGAUCACAACAGCUGUCUCUGCUGACCUGGGUACCCAUAAAAGUCUUCAUGGAAACGCAAAAGCUCUCUCAACUGUUACAGCCAUCAUUGAUGGAACAGGCUCCAUAGGUGCAGCAUUGGGACCAUUGUUAGCUGGUCUUCUUUCUUCAUCUGGUUGGAACAAUGUCUUUUACAUGCUGAUGAUAGCAGAUGCCUGUGCCUUAGUGUUUUUACUCCGCCUUAUACGAAAGGAACUUCAGUGUAGUCUUGACCAGACCUUGUUUAAGGAACACUAACUUUUAGACAAGAGAUUUAUUUAAAACAAUUAUUUUUAAAGAGGUUAAUCCGGAAAUCCUACUUGAUCCUCUGAGAAGAAAGCUGCUAUAUAAAAGUCACAUUGCACAUCUUUCUUUGGAUUGCUGAUAUCCGUGAAAAUAAUAUUUCCUGAAGAGCUUGCACAGUUAUUUUUAGACAUCAGAAUGUUGAUUCUUCGCACCUCCCUUCUUAACUUUGCACAUUAAUAUCGGGAAUGUGAGAGUGUCAAAUAAAGGAUCUUCUAGCUAUUCUACAUCACAGAACUGAGCCAAAGAAAAGUGUGCCUUUAUCCCCAUUUUGUCAAAAUAUUAUACUACAUGAUUGCUUUCAUGUUUUAAGAGAAUAUAUAGAUUGAAGAGAAAAAGGAAUAAAUUAACUCUGGAUAUUAUUUUAUAAUGUACUAAAAUGAGCAAAAUGUGGACUCAGAUGUCUGUCCUGUUAUAUGUUUACUUUUUGUUAAAAAAAUUGACUGUUGAAUAUGCAAUACUUCCUGUUAAGAGUAUUCAGCUUUUUCUAUUGUCCAAUGUUAUUAGUAUUUCUCAUUGUACAGUUAAUAUUGAACUUGAAUAUUUAUAUAGCUGAUUAGUGAAUUAGAAGCAAAUAACUUGUAUUAACAAAACUUUCAAGGCAUUUCAGAAUGAUAAUAUCUGUUAGCCUGCUAGAUUUUUGAAACUGAUCAAAAUGGAAAUUGAUUUUAAAGUAAUAUUCAAUAAUUACUGCAGCUGAUGUAUUUAUUCUCUCCCAUAGGUAUUUUUUAAAUCAUUUGGGGGAAACAUUAUAAAAUAAAUUCACAAACACUGAACCAAUUUGCUAGUUGAUAUUGUUGACACCCAAAUUUGAUACAUUUGGGUGAUUUAUCUGUGAUGGGCUUGCUGGGACUUUCCCUCUUAUUGUGUUUAUGCAGAACGGUGGCCUCAGCAUCCAACUGAAUGGUGUAAAACUCAUACUAUCAUGACAGUACAUUCGCAAGAAUCCUUCUUAUGUAUUUGUCUCUGAAACUUUAGAAUUGCCCUGAAUGCAUUUGAAUAAUUUGAUUCUUGUUUCUAAGUGCAUUUUGGAAAGGACAUAACGGUAUUUUACCUCUAUUAAAUUACUUAUUUA